AUGACUGAGACAACAGAAAUAACCACAGCAGAGAGGACAAGUGAGAAACUUGAGACAAGCCUGGCAACAACAGAGAAAACAACUUAUACUGCAUCAUUUUCUGGAUCUACAGAGGGGUUGACCUCAGGCACAAUAGCUUGGACCUCCACAGAUGCAACCUUUUCAAGUGGUGAGCCAACUGAAACAUCCACUACUGAAAAGUCAACAACACCUGAGACAAGUUCAACAUCAGCCACACAAACCACUUACAGUACACCCAUCUCUAAAUCUACAGAAGGGCUGACAUUAGAAACAAAAGAUUGGACAACUGAAGGAUCAACUCUUACAACUGGUGAGCCAAAUGAUACAUCCUCUUCGGCAGGAGAGACAACGACAGUCACCAUUUCAAGCACAAAUGCAGACACAACAACCAGUACAACUGAAAGAACAGUGACCACAUCUGCCCAGGAAACAAGUACAACAUCACAGACAAGUUCUUCUAAGUGGUCAACCAUUACUGAAACGCUUUCUUCCACUGCAGUGUCAGAAGCCCUAUCAACAAGUGCAACCAUUGGAUCUUCUUCCACAGAAGCUUUGUCAUUUACAACUGGUAAGACAACUGAUACAUCCACCUCGGAAGCAGAGACAACGACAGCGCUAACUUUAAACACCAGCCCUGACACAACAGCUAGAACACCUGAGACAACGGAAAUAACAACGGCACAGCAGACAAGUCAGACAUCUGAGACAAUCUUGGCAACAACAACGCAUACCAUUUACUCUACUUCUGUUUCUGGAUCUACAGAGGGGUUGACCUCAGGCACAAUAGCUUGGACCUCCACAGACGCAAACUUUUCAAGUGGUGAGCCAACUGAAACAUCCACUACUGAAAAGUCAACAACACCUGAGACAAGUUCAACAGCAGCCACACAAACCACUUAUAGUACACCCAUCUCUAAAUCUACAGAAGGGCUGACAUUAGAAACAACAGCUUGGACAACUGAAGGAUCAACUCUUACAACUGGUGAGCCAACUGAUACAUCCUCUUCGGCAGGAGAGACAACGACAGUCACCAUUUCAAGCACAAAUGCAGACACAACAACCAGUACAACUGAAAGAACAGUGACCACAUCUGCCCAGGAAACAAGUGCAACAUUAGAGACAAGUUCUUCACAGUGGACAACCAUUACUGAAACGCUUUCUUCCACUGCAAUUUCAGAAGCCCUAACAACAAGUGCAACCAUUGGAUCUUCUUCAACCAAAGAUUUGACAUUCACAACUGGUGGGACAACUGAUACAUCCUCCUCAGCAGCAGAGACAAUGACAGUGCUCACUUCAAACACAAGUCCUGACACAACAGCUAGCAUGCCUGACACAACGGAAAUAACCACAGCAGAGAGGACAAGUGAGAAACUUGAGACAACCUUGGCAACAACAAUGAUAACCACUUAUACUGCAUCAUUUUCUGGAUCCACAGAGGAGUUGACCUCAGGCACAACAGCUUGGUCCUCUGUAGAAUCAACCUUUUCAAGUGGUGAGCCAACUGAAACAUCCACUACUGAAAAGUCAACAACACCUGAGACAAGUUCAACAGCAGCCAGUCAAACCACUUACCGUACCCCCAUCUCUAAAUAUACAGAGGGGCUGACAUUAGAAACAACAGCUUGGACCACUGAAGGAUCAACUCUUACAACUGGUGAGCCAACUGAUACAUCCACUUCGGCAAGAGUGACAACGACAGCCACCAUUUCAAGCACAAACGCAGACACAACUAUCAGUACAACCGAUAGACCAGUGACCACUUCUGCCCAGGAAACAAGUGCAACAUCACAGACAAGUUCUUCUCAGUGGAAAACCAUUACUGAAACGCUUUCUUCCACUGCAGUGUCAGAAGCCCUAACAACAAGUGCAACCAUUGGAUCUUCUUCCACAGAAGCUUUGUCAUUUACAACUGGUAAGACAACUGAUACAUCCACCUCGGAAGCAGAGACAACGACAGCGCUCACUUUAAACACCAGCCCUGACACAACAGCUGGCACACCUGAGACAACGGAAAUAACAACGGCACAGCAGACAAGUCAGACACCUGAGACAAGCUUGGCAACAACAACGCAUAUCAUUUACUCUACUUCUGUUUCUGGAUCUACAGAGGGGUUGACCUCAGGCACAAUAGCUUGGACCUCCACAGAUGCAACCUUUUCAAGUGGUGAGACAACUGAAACAUAUACUACUGAAAAGUCAACAACACCUGAGACAAGUUCAACAGCAGCCACACAAACCACUUACAGUACACCCAUCUCUAAAUCUACAGAAGGGCUGACAUUAGAAACAACAGCUUGGACCACUGAAGGAUCAACUCUUACAACUGGUGAGCCAACUGAUACAUCCUCUUCGGCAGGAGAGACAACGACAGUCACCAUUUCAAGCACAAAUGCAGACACAACAACUCAUCCUGACACAACAGCUAGCAUGCCUGACACAACGGAAAUAACCACAGCAGAGAGGACAAGUGAGAAACUUGAGACAACCUUGGCAACAACAAUGAUAACCACUUAUACUGCAUCAUUUUCUGGAUCCACAGAGGAGUUGACCUCAGGCACAACUGCUUGGUCCUCUGUAGAAUCAAGCUUUUCAAGUGGUGAGCCAACUGAAACAUCCACUACUGAAAAGUCAACAACACCUGAGACAAGUUCAACAGCAGCCAGUCAAACCACUUACCGUACCCCCAUCUCUAAAUCUACAGAGGGGCUGACAUUAGAAACAACAGCUUGGACCACUGAAGGAACAACUCUUACAACUGGUGAGCCAACUGAUACAUCCACUUCGGCAAGGGUGAGAACGACAGCCACCAUUUCAAGCACAAACGCAGACACAACUAUCAGUACAACUGAUAGACCAGUGACCACUUCUGCCCAGGAAACAAGUGCAACAUCAGAGACAAGUUCUUCUCAGUGGACAACCAUUACUGAAACGCUUUCUUCCACUGCAGUGUCAGAAGCCCUAUCAACAAUUGCAACCAUUGGAUCUUCUUCCACAGAAGCUUUGUCAUUUACAACUGGUAAGACAACUGAUACAUUCACCUCGGAAGCAGAGACAACGACAGCGCUCACUUUAAACACCAGCCCUGACACCACAGCUAGAACACCUGAGACAACGAAAAUAACAACGGCACAGCAGACAAGUCAGACACCUGAGACAAGCUUGGCAACAACAACGCAUACAAUUUACUCUACUUCUGUUUCUGGAUCUACAGAGGGGUUGACCUCAGGCACAACAGCUUGGACCUCCAGAGAUGCAACCUUUUCAAGUGGUGAGCCAACUGAAACAUCCACUACUGAAAAGUCAACAACACCUGAGACAAGUUCAACAGCAGCCAGUCAAACCUCUUACCGUACCCCCAUCUCUAAAUCUACAGAGGGGCUGACAUUAGAAACAACAGCUUGGACCACUGAAGGAUCAACUCUUACAACUGGUGAGCCAACUGAUACAUCCACUUCGGCAAGAGUGACAACGACAGCCACCAUUUCAAGCACAAAUGCAGACACAACUCUCAGUACAACUGAUAGACCAGUGACCACUUCUGCUCAGGGAACAAGUGCAACACCAGAGACAAGUUCUUCACAGUGGACAACCAUUACUGAAAUGCUUUCUUCCACUGCAGUGUCAGAAGCCCUAUCAACAAGUGCAACCAUUGGAUCUACUUCCACAGAAGCUUUGUCAUUUACAACUGGUAAGACAACUGAUACAUCCACCUUGGAAGCAGAGACAAGGACAGUGCUCACUUUAAACACCAGCCCUGACACAACAGCUAGAACACCUGAGACAACGGAAAUAACAACGGCACAGAAGACAAGUCAGACACCUGAGACAAGCUUGGCAACAACAACGCAUAUCAUUUACUCUACUUCUGUUUCUGGAUCUACAGAGGGGUUGACCUCAGGCACAAUAGCUUGGACCUCCACAGAUGCAACCUUUUCAAGUGGUGAGCCAACUGAAACAUCUACUACUGAAAAGUCAACAACACCUGAGACAAGUUCAACAGCAGCCACACAAACCACUUACAGUAAACCCAUCUCUAAAUCUACAGAAGGGCUGACAUUAGAAACAACAGCUUGGACCACUGAAGGAUCAACUCUUACAACUGGUGAGCCAACUGAUACAUCCUCUUCGGCAGGAGAGACAACGACAGUCACCAUUUCAAGCACAAAUGCAGACACAACAACCAGUACAACUGAAAGAACAGUGACCACAUCUGCCCAUGAAACAAGUGCAACAUUAGAGACAAGUUCUUCACAGUGGACAACCAUUACUGAAACGCUUUCUUCCACUGCAAUUUCAGAAGCUCUAACAACAAGUGCAACCAUUGGAUCUUCUUCAACCAAAGAUUUGACAUUCACAACUGGUGGGAAAACUGAUACAUCCUCCUCAGCAGCAGAGACAAUGACAGUGCUCACUUCAAACACAAGUCCUGACACAACAGCUAGCAUGGCUGACACAACGGAAAUAACCACAGCAGAGAGGACAAGUGAGAAACUUGAGACAACCUUGGCAACAACAAUGAUAACCACUUAUACUGCAUCAUUUUCUGGAUCCACAGAGGAGUUGACCUCAGGCACAACGGCUUGGUCCUCUGUAGAAUCAACCUUUUCAAGUGGUGAGCCAACUGAAACAUCCACUACUGAAAAGUCAACAACACCUGAGACAAGUUCAACAGCAGCCAGUCAAACCACUUACCGUACCCCCAUCUCUAAAUCUACAGAGGAGCUGACAAUAGAAACAACAGCUUGGACCACUGAAGGAUCAACUCUUACAACUGGUGAGCCAACUGAUACAUCCACUUCGGCAAGAGUUACAACGACAGCCACCAUUUCAAGCACAAACGCAGACACAACUAUCAGUACAACUGAUAGACGAGUGACAACUUCUGCCCAGGAAACAAGUGCAACAGCAGAGACAAGUUCUUCUCAGUGGACAACCAUUACUGAAACGCUUUCUUCCACUGCAGUGUCAGAAGCCCUAUCAACAAUUGCAACCAUUGGAUCUUCUUCCACAGAAGCUUUGUCAUUUACAACUGGUAAGACAACUGAUACAUCCACCUCGGAAGCUGAGACAACGACAGCGCUCACUUUAAACACCAGCCCUGACACCACAGCUAGAACACCUGAGACAACGGAAAUAACAACGGCACAGAAGACAAGUCAGACACCUGAGACAAGCUUGGCAACAACAACGCAUAUCAUUUACUCUACUUCUGUUUCUGGAUCUACAGAGGGGUUGACCUCAGGCACAAUAGCUUGGACCUCCACAGAUGCAACCUUUUCAAGUGGUGAGCCAACUGAAACAUCUACUACUGAAAAGUCAACAACACCUGAGACAAGUUCAACAGCAGCCACACAAACCACUUACAGUACACCCAUCUCUAAAUCUACAGAAGGGCUGACAUUAGAAACAACAGCUUGGACCACUGAAGGAUCAACUCUUACAACUGGUGAGCCAACUGAUACAUCCUCUUCGGCAGGAGAGACAACGACAGUCACCAUUUCAAGCACAAAUGCAGACACAACAACCAGUACAACUGAAAGAACAGUGACCACAUCUGCCCAGGAAACAAGUGCAACAUUAGAGACAAGUUCUUCACAGUGGACAACCAUUACUGAAACGCUUUCUUCCACUGCAAUUUCAGAAGCCCUAACAACAAGUGCAACCAUUGGAUCUUCUUCAACCAAAGAUUUGACAUUCACAACUGGUGGGACAACUGAUACAUCCUCCUCAGCAGCAGAGACAAUGACAGUGCUCACUUCAAACACAAGUCCUGACACAACAGCUAGCAUGGCUGACACAACGGAAAUAACCACAGCAGAGAGGACAAGUGAGAAACUUGAGAGAACCUUGGCAACAACAAUGAUAACCACUUAUACUGCAUCAUUUUCUGGAUCCACAGAGGAGUUGACCUCAGGCACAACUGCUUGGUCCUCUGUAGAAUCAAACUUUUCAAGUGGUGAGCCAACUGAAACAUCCACUACUGAAAAGUCAACAACACCUGAGACAAGUUCAACAGCAGCCAGUCAAACCACUUACCGUACCCCCAUCUCUAAAUCUACAGAGGAGCUGACAAUAGAAACAACAGCUUGGACCACUGAAGGAUCAACUCUUACAACUGGUGAGCCAACUGAUACAUCCACUUCGGCAAGAGUUACAACGACAGCCACCAUUUCAAGCACAAACGCAGACACAACUAUCAGUACAACUGAUAGACCAGUGACAACUUCUGCCCAGGAAACAAGUGCAACAGCAGAGACAAGUUCUUCUCAGUGGACAACCAUUACUGAAACGCUUUCUUCCACUGCAGUGUCAGAAGCCCUAUCAACAAUUGCAACCAUUGGAUCUUCUUCAACAGAAGCUUUGUCAUUUACAACUGGUAAGACAACUGAUACAUCCACCUCGGAAGCUGAGACAACGACAGCGCUCACUUUAAACACCAGCCCUGACACCACAGCUAGAACACCUGAGACAACGAAAAUAACAACGGCACAGCAGACAAGUCAGACACCUGAGACAAGCUUGGCAACAACAACGCAUACAAUUUACUCUACUUCUGUUUCUGGAUCUACAGAGGGGUUGACCUCUGGCACAACAGCUUGGACCUCCAGAGAUUCAAACUUUUCAAGUGGUGAGCCAACUGAAACAUCCACUACUGAAAAGUCAACAACACCUGAGACAAGUUCAACAGCAGCCAGUCAAACCUCUUACCGUACCCCCAUCUCUAAAUCUACAGAGGGGCUGACAUUAGAAACAACAGCUUGGACCACUGAAGGAUCAACUCUUACAACUGGUGAGCCAACUGAUACAUCCACUUCGGCAAGAGUGACAACGACAGCCACCAUUUCAAGCACAAAUGCAGACACAACUCUCAGUACAACUGAUAGACCAGUGACCACUUCUGCCCAGGAAACAAGUGCAACAUCACAGACAAGUUCUUCACAGUGGACAACCAUUACUGAAAUGCUUUCAUCCACUGCAGUGUCAGAAGCCCUAUCAACAAGUGCAACCAUUGGAUCUUCUUCCACAGAAGCUUUGUCAUUUACAACUGGUAAGACAACUGAUACAUCCACCUCGGAAGCUGAGACAACGACAGCGCUCACUUUAAACACCAGCCCUGACACCACAGCUAGAACACCUGAGACAACGAAAAUAACAACGGCACAGCAGACAAGUCAGACACCUGAGACAAGCUUGGCAACAACAACGCAUACCAUUUACUCUACUUCUGUUUCUGGAUCUACAGAGGGGUUGACCUCAGGCACAACAGCUUGGACGUCCAGAGAUUCAACCUUUUCAAGUGGUGAGCCAACUGAAACAUCCACUACUGAAAAGUCAACAACACCUGAGACAAGUUCAACAGCUGCCACACAAACCACUUACAGUACACCCAUCUCUAAAUCUACAGAAGGGCUGACAUUAGAAACAACAGCUUGGACCACUGAAGGAUCAACUCUUACAACUGGUGAGCCAACUGAUACAUCCUCUUCGGCAGGAGAGACAACGACAGUCACCAUUUCAAGCACAAAUGCAGACACAACAACCAGUACAACUGAAAGAACAGUGACCACAUCUGCCCAGGAAACAAGUGCAACAUUAGAGACAAGUUCUUCACAGUGGACAACCAUUACUGAAACGCUUUCUUCCACUGCAGAUUCAGAAGCCCUAACAACAAGUGCAACCAUUGGAUCUUCUUCAACCAAAGAUUUGACAUUCACAACUGGUGGGACAACUGAUACAUCCUCCUCAGCAGCAGAGACAAUGACAGUGCUCACUUCAAACACAAGUCCUGACACAACAGCUAGCAUGGCUGACACAACGGAAAUAACCACAGCAGAGAGGACAAGUGAGAAACUUGAGACAAGCUUGGCAACAACAAUGAUAACCACUUAUACUGCAUCAUUUUCUGGAUCCACAGAGGAGUUGACCUCAGGCACAACUGCUUGGUCCUCUGUAGAAUCAACCUUUUCAAGUGGUGAGCCAACUGAAACAUCCACUACUGAAAAGUCAACAACACCUGAGACAAGUUCAACAGCAGCCAGUCAAACCUCUUACCGUACCCCCAUCUCUAAAUCUACAGAGGGGCUGACAUUAGAAACAACAGCUUGGACCACUGAAGGAUCAACUCUUACAACUGGUGAGCCAACUGAUACAUCCACUUCGGCAAGAGUGACAACGACAGCCACCAUUUCAAGCACAAAUGCAGACACAACUCUCAGUACAACUGAUAGACCAGUGACCACUUCUGCCCAGGAAACAAGUGCAACAUCAGAGACAAGUUCUUCACAGUGGACAACCAUUACUGAAAUGCUUUCUUCCACUGCAGUGUCAGAAGCCCUAUCAACAAGUGCAACCAUUGGAUCUUCUUCCACAGAAGCUUUGUCAUUUACAACUGGUAAGACAACUGAUACAUCCACCUCGGAAGCAGAGACAAGGACAGUGCUCACUUUAAACACCAGCCCUGACACAACAGCUAGAACACCUGAGACAACGGAAAUAACAACGGCACAGAAGACAAGUCAGACACCUGAGACAAGCUUGGCAACAACAACGCAUAUCAUUUACUCUACUUCUGUUUCUGGAUCUACAGAGGGGUUGACCUCAGGCACAAUAGCUUGGACCUCCACAGAUGCAACCUUUUCAAGUGGUGAGACAACUGAAACAUCUACUACUGAAAAGUCAACAACACCUGAGACAAGUUCAACAGCAGCCACACAAACCACUUACAGUACACCCAUCUCUAAAUCUACAGAAGGGCUGACAUUAGAAACAACAGCUUGGACCACUGAAGGAUCAACUCUUACAACUGGUGAGCCAACUGAGACAUCCUCUUCGGCAGGAGAGACAACGACAGUCACCAUUUCAAGCACAAAUGCAGACACAACAACCAGUACAACUGAACGAACAGUGACCACAUCUGCCCAGGAAACAAGUGCAACAGCAGAGACAAGUUCUUCACAGUGGACAACCAUUACUGAAACGCUUUCUUCCACUGCAAUUUCAGAAGCUCUAACAACAAGUGCAACCAUUGGAUCUUCUUCAACCAAAGAUUUGACAUUCACAACUGGUGGGACAACUGAUACAUCCUCCUCAGCAGCAGAGACAAUGACAGUGCUCACUUCAAACACAAGUCCUGACACAACAGCUAGCAUGGCUGACACAACGGAAAUAACCACAGCAGAGAGGACAAGUGAGAAACUUGAGACAACCUUGGCAACAUCAAUGAUAACCACUUAUACUGCAUCAUUUUCUGGAUCCACAGAGGAGUUGACCUCAGGCACAACUGCUUGGUCCUCUGUAGAAUCAACCUUUUCAAGUGGUGAGCCAACUGAAACAUCCACUACUGAAAAGUCAACAACACCUGAGACAAGUUCAACAGCAGCCAGUCAAACCACUUACCGUACCCCCAUCUCUAAAUCUACAGAGGAGCUGACAUUAGAAACAACAGCUUGGACUACUGAAGGAUCAACACUUACAACUGGUGAGCCAACUGAUAUAUCCACUUCGGCAAGAGUGACAACGACAGCCACCAUUUCAAGCACAAACGCAGACACAACUCUCAGUACAACUGAUAGACCAGUGACCACUUCUGCCCAGGAAACAAGUGCAGCAGCAGAGACAAGUUCUUCACAGUGGACAAGCAUUACUGAAAAGCUUUCUUCCACUGCAGUGUCAGAAGCCCUAUCAACAAGUGCAAACAUUGGAUCUUCUUCCACAGAAGCUUUGUCAUUUACAACUGGUAAGACAACUGAUACAUCCACCUCGGAAGCUGAGACAACGACAGUGCUCACUUUAAACACCAGACCUGACACAACAGCUGGCACACCUGAGACAACGGAAAUAACAACGGCACAGCAGACAAGUCAGACAUCUGAGACAAUCUUGGCAACAACAACGCAUACCAUUUACUCUACUUCUGUUUCUGGAUCUACAGAGGGGUUGACCUCAGGCACAACAGCUUGGACCUCCAGAGAUUCAACCUUUUCAAGUGGUGAGCCAACUGAAACAUCCACUAAUGAAAAGUCAACAACACCUGAGACAAGUUCAACAGCAGCCAGUCAAACCUCUUACCGUACCCCCAUCUCUAAAUCUACAGAGGGGCUGACAUUAGAAACAACAGCUUGGACCACUGAAGGAUCAACUCUUACAACUGGUGAGCCAACUGAGACAUCCUCUUCGGCAGGAGAGACAACGACAGUCACCAUUUCAAGCACAAAUGCAGACACAACAACCAGUACAACUGAACGAACAGUGACCACAUCUGCCCAGGAAACAAGUGCAACAGCAGAGACAAGUUCUUCACAGUGGACAACCAUUACUGAAACGCUUUCUUCCACUGCAGAUUCAGAAGCCCUAACAACAAGUGCAACCAUUGGAUCUUCUUCAACCAAAGAUUUGACAUUCACAACUGGUGGGACAACUGAUACAUCCUCCUCAGCAGCAGAGACAAUGACAGUGCUCACUUCAAACACAAGUCCUGACACAACAGCUAGCAUGCCUGACACAACGGAAAUAACCACAGCAGAGAGGACAAGUGAGAAACUUGAGACAACCUUGGCAACAACAAUGAUAACCACUUAUACUGCAUCAUUUUCUGGAUCCACAGAGGAGUUGACCUCAGGCACAACUGCUUGGUCCUCUGUAGAAUCAACCUUUUCAAGUGGUGAGCCAACUGAAACAUCCACUACUGAAAAGUCAACAAUACCUGAGACAAGUUCAACAGCAGCCAGUCAAACCUCUUACCGUACCCCCAUCUCUAAAUCUACAGAGGGGCUGACAUUAGAAACAAUAGCUUGGACUACUGAAGGAUCAACACUUACAACUGGUGAGCCAACUGAUACAUCCAAUUCGGCAAGAGUGACAACGACAGCCACCAUUUCAAGCACAAACGCAGACACAACUCUCAGUACAACUGAUAGACAAGUGACCACUUCUGCCCAGGAAACAAGUGCAGCAGCAGAGACAAGUUCUUCACAGUGGACAACCAUUACUGAAAAGCUUUCUUCCACUGCAGUGUCAGAAGCCCUAUCAACAAGUGCAAACAUUGGAUCUUCUUCCACAGAAGCUUUGUCAUUUACAACUGUUAAGGCAACUGAUACAUCCACCUCGGAAGCAGAGACAACGACAGUGCUCACUUUAAACACCAGACCUGACACAACAGCUGGCACACCUGAGACAACGGAAAUAACAACGGCACAGCAGACAAGUCAGACAUCUGAGACAAUCUUGGCAACAACAACGCAUACCAUUUACUCUACUUCUGUUUCUGGAUCUACAGAGGGGUUGACCUCAGGCACAACAGCUUGGACCUCCAGAGAUUCAACCUUUUCAAGUGGUGAGCCAACUGAAACAUCCACUAAUGAAAAGUCAACAACACCUGAGACAAGUUCAACAGCAGCCAGUCAAACCUCUUACCGUACCCCCAUCUCUAAAUCUACAGAGGGGCUGACAUUAGAAACAACAGCUUGGACCACUGAAGGAUCAACUCUUACAACUGGUGAGCCAACUGAUACAUCCACUUCGGCAAGAGUGACAACGACAGCCACCAUUUCAAGCACAAACGCAGACACAACUCUCAGUACAUCUGAUAGACCAGUGACCACUUCUGCCCAGGAAACAAGUGCAACAUCAGAGACAAGUUCUUCUCAGUGGACAACCAUUACUGAAACGCUUUCUUCCACUGCAGUGUCAGAAGCCCUAUCAACAAUUGCAACCAUUGGAUCUUCUUCCACAGAAGCUUUGUCAUUUACAACUGGUAAGACAACUGAUACAUCCACCUCGGAAGCUGAGACAACGACAGCGCUCACUUUAAACACCAGCCCUGACACCACAGCUAGAACACCUGAGACAACGAAAAUAACAACGGCACAGCAGACAAGUCAGACACCUGAGACAAGCUUGGCAACAACAACGCAUACCAUUUACUCUACUUCUGUUUCUGGAUCUACAGAGGGGUUGACCUCAGGCACAACAGCUUGGACGUCCAGAGAUUCAACCUUUUCAAGUGGUGAGCCAACUGAAACAUCCACUACUGAAAAGUCAACAACACCUGAGACAAGUUCAACAGCUGCCACACAAACCACUUACAGUACACCCAUCUCUAAAUCUACAGAAGGGCUGACAUUAGAAACAACAGCUUGGACCACUGAAGGAUCAACUCUUACAACUGGUGAGCCAACUGAUACAUCCUCUUCGCCAGGAGAGACAACGACAGUCACCAUUUCAAGCACAAAUGCAGACACAACAACCAGUACAACUGAAAGAACAGUGACCACAUCUGCCCAGGAAACAAGUGCAACAUUAGAGACAAGUUCUUCACAGUGGACAACCAUUACUGAAACGCUUUCUUCCACUGCAAUUUCAGAAGCCCUAACAACAAGUGCAACCAUUGGAUCUUCUUCAACCAAAGAUUUGACAUUCACAACUGGUGGGACAACUGAUACAUCCUCCUCAGCAGCAGAGACAAUGACAGUGCUCACUUCAAACACAAGUCCUGACACAACAGCUAGCAUGGCUGACACAACGGAAAUAACCACAGCAGAGAGGACAAGUGAGAAACUUGAGACAACCUUGGCAACAACAAUGAUAACAACUUAUACUGCAUCAUUUUCUGGAUCCACAGAGGAGUUGACCUCAGGCACAACUGCUUGGUCCUCUGUAGAAUCAACCUUUUCAAGUGGUGAGCCAACUGAAACAUCCACUACUGAAAAGUCAACAACACCUGAGACAAGUUCAACAGCAGCCAGUCAAACCUCUUACCGUACCCCCAUCUCUAAAUCUACAGAGGGGCUGACAUUAGAAACAACAGCUUGGACCACUGAAGGAUCAACUCUUACAACUGGUGAGCCAACUGAUACAUCCACUUCGGCAAGAGUGACAACGACAGCCACCAUUUCAAGCACAAACGCAGACACAACUCUCAGUACAACUGAUAGACCAGUGACCACUUCUGCCCAGGAAACAAGUGCAACAUCAGAGACAAGUUCUUCACAGUGGACAACCAUUACUGAAACGCUUUCUUCCACUGCAGUGUCAGAAGCCCUAUCAACAAGGGCAACCAUUGGAUCUUCUUCCACAGAAGCUUUGUCUUUUACAACUGGUAAGACAACUGAUACAUCCACCUCGGAAGCAGAGACAAGGACAGUGCUAACUUUAAACACCAGCCCUGACACAACAGCUGGCACACCUGAGACAACGGAAAUAACAACGUCACAGCAGACAAGUCAGACAUCUGCGACAAUCUUGGCAACAACAACGCAUACCAUUUACUCUACUUCUGUUUCUGGAUCUACAGAGGGGUUGACCUCAGGCACAACAGCUUGGACCUCCAGAGAUUCAACGUUUUCAAGUGGUGAGCCAACUGAAUCAUCCACUACUGAAAAGUCAACAACACCUGAGACAAGUUCAACAGCAGCCAGUCAAACCUCUUACCGUACCCCCAUCUCUAAAUCUACAGAGGGGCUGACAUUAGAAACAACAGCUUGGACGACUGAAGGAUCAACUCUUACAACUGGUGAGCCAAGUGAUACAUCCACUUCGGCAAGAGUGACAACGACAGCCACCAUUUCAAGCACAAACGCAGACACAACUCUCAGUACAACUGAUAGACCAGUGACCACUUCGGCCCAGGAAACAAGUGCAACAUCAGAGACAAGUUCUUCACAGUGGACAACCAUUACUGAAAUGCUUUCUUCCACUGCAGUGUCAAAAGCCCUAUCAACAAGUGCAACCAUUGGAUCUACUUCCACAGAAGCUUUGUCAUUUACAACUGGUAAGACAACUGAUACAUCCACCUCGGAAGCAGAGACAACUACAGCGCUCACUUUAAACACCAGCCCUGACACAACAGCUGGCACACCUGAGACAACGGAAAUAACAACGUCACAGCAGACAAGUCAGACAUCUAAGACAAUCUUGGCAACAACAACGCAUACCAUUUACUCUACUUCUGUUUCUGGAUCUACAGAGGGGUUGACCUCAGGCACAACAGCUUGGACCUCCAGAGAUUCAACCUUUUCAAGUGUUGAGCCAACUGAAACAUCCACUACUGAAAAGUCAACAACACCUGAGACAAGUUCAACAGCAGCCAGUCAAACCUCUUACCGUACCCCCAUCUCUAAAUCUACAGAGGGGCUGACAUUAGAAACAACAGCUUGGACCACUGAAGGAUCAACUCUUACAACUGGUGAUCCAACUGAUACAUCCACUUCGGCAAGAGUGACAACGACAGACACCAUUUCAAGCACAAACGCAGACACAACUCUCAGUACAACUGAUAGACCAGUGACCUCUUCUGCCCAGGAAACAAGUGCAACAUCACAGACAAGUUCUUCACAGUGGACAACCAUUACUGAAACGCUUUCUUCCACUGCAGUGUCAGAAGCCCUAUCAACAAGUGCAACCAUUGGAUCUUCUUCCACAGAAGCUUUGUCAUUUACAACUGGUAAGACAACUGAUACAUCCACCUCGGAAGCAGAGACAAGGACAGCGCUCACUUUAAACACCAGCCCUGACACAACAGCUGGCACACCUGAGACAACGGAAAUAACAACGGCACAGCAGACAAGUCAGACAUCUGAGACAAUCUUGGCAACAACAAUGCAUACCAUUUACUCUACUUCUGUUUCUGGAUCUACAGAGGGGUUGACCUCAGGCACAACAGCUUGGACCUCCAGAGAUUCAACCUUUUCAAGUGGUGAGCCAACUGAAACAUCCACUACUGAAAAGUCAACAACACCUGAGACAAGUUCAACAGCAGCCAGUCAAACCUCUUACCGUACCCCCAUCUCUAAAUCUACAGAGGGGCUGACAUUAGAAACAACAGCUUGGACGACUGAAGGAUCAACUCUUACAACUGGUGAGCCAAGUGAUACAUCCACUUCGGCAAGAGUGACAACGACAGCCACCAUUUCAAGCACAAACGCAGACACAACUCUCAGUACAACUGAUAGACCAGUGACCACUUCGGCCCAGGAAACAAGUGCAACAUCAGAGACAAGUUCUUCACAGUGGACAACCAUUACUGAAAUGCUUUCUUCCACUGCAGUGUCAAAAGCCCUAUCAACAAGUGCAACCAUUGGAUCUACUUCCACAGAAGCUUUGUCAUUUACAACUGGUAAGACAACUGAUACAUCCACCUCGGAAGCAGAGACAACUACAGCGCUCACUUUAAACACCAGCCCUGACACAACAGCUGGCACACCUGAGACAACGGAAAUAACAACGUCACAGCAGACAAGUCAGACAUCUGAGACAAUCUUGGCAACAACAACGCAUACCAUUUACUCUACUUCUGUUUCUGGAUCUACAGAGGGGUUGACCUCAGGCACAACAGCUUGGACCUCCAGAGAUUCAACCUUUUCAAGUGGUGAGCCAACUGAAACAUCCACUACUGAAAAGUCAACAACACCUGAGACAAGUUCAACAGCAGCCAGUCAAACCUCUUACCGUACCCCCAUCUCUAAAUCUACAGAGGGGCUGACAUUAGAAACAACAGCUUGGACCACUGAAGGAUCAACUCUUACAACUGGUGAGCCAACAGAUACAUCCACUUCGGCAAGAGUGACAACGACAGCCACCAUUUCAAGCACAAACACAGACACAACUCUCAGUACAACUGAUAGACCAGUGACCACUUCUGCCCAGGAAACAAGUGCAACAUUAGAGACAAGUUCUUCACAGUGGACAACCAUUACUGAAACGCUUUCUUCCACUGUAGUGUCAGAAGCCCUAUCAACAAGUGCAACCAUUGGAUCUUCUUCCACAGAAGCUUUGUCAUUUACAACUGGUAAGACAACUGAUACAUCCACCUCGGAAGCAGAGACAACGACAGCGCUCACUUUAAACACCAGCCCUGACACAACAGCUGGCACACCUGAGACAACGGAAAUAACAACGGCACAGCAGACAAGUCAGACAUCUGAGACAAUCUUGGCAACAACAACGCAUACCAUUUACUCUACUUCUGUUUCUGGAUCUACAGAGGGGUUGACCUCAGGCACAACAGCUUGGACCUCCAGAGAUUCAACCUUUUCAAGUGGUGAGCCAACUGAAACAUCCACUACUGAAAAGUCAACAACACCUGAGACAAGUUCAACAGCAGCCAGUCAAACCUCUUACCGUACCCCCAUCUCUAAAUCUACAGAGGGGCUGACAUUAGAAACAACAGCUUGGACUACUGAAGGAUCAACUCUUACAACUGAUGAGCCAACUGAUACAUCCACUUCGGCAAGAGUGACAUCGACAGCCACCAUUUCAAGCACAAACGCAGACACAACUCUCGGUACAACUGAUAGACCAGUGACCACUUCUGCCCAGGAAACAAGUGCAGCAUCACAGACAAGUUCUUCACAGUGGACAACCAUUACUGAAACGCUUUCUUCCACUGCAGUGUCAGAAGCCCUAUCAACAAGUGCAACCAUUGGAUCUUCUUCCACAGAAGCUUUGUCAUUCACAACUGGUAAGACAACUGAUACAUCCACCUCGGAAGCAGAGACAAGGACAGCGCUCACUUUAAACACCAGCCCUGACACAACAGCUGGCACACCUGAGACAACAGAAAUAACAACGGCACAGCAGACAAGUCAGACAUCUGAGACAAUCUUGGCAACAACAACGCAUACCAUUUACUCUACUUCUGUUUCUGGAUCUACAGAGGGGUUGACCUCAGGCACAACAGCUUGGACCUCCAGAGAUUCAACCUUUUCAAGUGGUGAGCCAACUGAAACAUCCACUACUGAAAAGUCAACAACACCUGAGACAAGUUCAACAGCAGCCAGUCAAACCUCUUACCGUACCCCCAUCUCUAAAUCUACAGAGGGGCUGACAUUAGAAACAACAGCUUGGACCACUGAAGGAUCAACUCUUACAACUGGUGAGCCAACAGAUACAUCCACUUCGGCAAGAGUGACAACGACAGCCACCAUUUCAAGCACAAACACAGACACAACUCUCAGUACAACUGAUAGACCAGUGACCACUUCUGCCCAGGAAACAAGUGCAACAUUAGAGACAAGUUCUUCACAGUGGACAACCAUUACUGAAACGCUUUCUUCCACUGUAGUGUCAGAAGCCCUAUCAACAAGUGCAACCAUUGGAUCUUCUUCCACAGAAGCUUUGUCAUUUACAACUGGUAAGACAACUGAUACAUCCAACUCGGAAGCAGAGACAACGACAGUGUUCACUUUAAACACCAGUCCUGACACAACAGCUGGAACACCUGAGACAACGGAAAUAACAACGGCACAGCAGACAAGUCAGACAUCUGAGACAAUCUUGGCAACAACAACGCAUACCAUUUACUCUACUUCUGUUUCUGGAUCUACAGAAGGGUUGACCUCAGGCACAACAGCUUGGACCUCCAGAGAUUCAUCCUUUUCAAGUGGUGAGCCAACUGAAACAUCCACUACUGAAAAGUCAACAACACCUGAGACAAGUUCAACAGCAGCCAGUCAAACCUCUUACCGUACCCCCAUCUCUAAAUCUACAGAGGGGCUGACAUUAGAAACAACAGCUUGGACCACUGAAGGAUCAACUCUUACAACUGGUGAUCCAACUGAUACAUCCACUUCGGCAAGAGUGACAACGACAGCCACCAUUUCAAGCACAAACGCAGACACAACUCUCAGUACAACUGAUAGACCAGUGACCUCUUCUGCCCAGGAAACAAGUGCAACACCAGAGACAAGUUCUUCACAGUGGACAACCAUUACUGAAACGCUUUCUUCCACUGCAGUGUCAGAAGCCCUAUCAACAAGUGCAACCAUUGGAUCUUCUUCCACAGAAGCUUUGUCAUUUACAACUGGUAAGACAACUGAUACAUCCACCUCGGAAGCAGAGACAAGGACAGCGCUCACUUUAAACACCAGCCCUGACACAACAGCUGGCACACCUGAGACAACGGAAAUAACAACGGCACAGCAGACAAGUCAGACAUCUGAGACAAUCUUGGCAACAACAACGCAUACCAUUUACUCUACUUCUGUUUCUGGAUCUACAGAGGGGUUGACCUCAGGCACAACAGCUUGGACCUCCAGAGAUUCAACCUUUUCAAGUGGUGAGCCAACUGAAACAUCCACUACUGAAAAGUCAACAACACCUGAGACAAGUUCAACAGCAGCCAGUCAAACCUCUUACCGUACCCCCAUCUCUAAAUCUACAGAGGGGCUGACAUUAGAAACAACAGCUUGGACCACUGAAGGAUCAACUCUUACAACUGGGAACAAGUGCAACAUCACAGACAAGUUCUUCACAGUGGACAACCAUUACUGA